AUGUACGAGGAGGACAAGGAAUUGGAAAAAUCUAUCGUAUAUUAUGAGAAAUCAGCUCAUCUCUUCCAAACUGAAGAUUCUAAUAGUUCCGCAAAUCAGUGCAGGCAGAAGGUUGCCCAGUUUGCUUCUCAGCUCGGGCAAUACCCGAAGGCGGUUGAGAUCUUUGAAGACAUUGCUCGAAAAAUCGCUCCACGGUGGCGGCGCCAGCUUGUUGAGAUAGGAGUCAAGCGGCAUCUUCUCAAAGCCGGGAUAUGCCAGCUUUGUAUGGGUGAUGUUGUUGUUAGCAUGGAGAAUUCAUUGGGGCGGUAUCGGGAACUUGAUCCUAACUUUUCAGGAACACGAGAAUACAAACUAUUGGAUGAUUUGGCUGCCGCGGUGGAGGAGGAAGAUGUUGCGAGGUUUACUGAUACUGUUAGGGAAUAUGAUAGAAUGACCCCGCUGGAUGCCUGGGAAACAAGUCUUCUUUUGCGAGCUAAGGAAGCUUUGAAGGCCAAAGAACUUGAGGAGGAUGAUCACAUGGUUGAGGAAGCUGCGACCAACUUAACAAUGAUGAAGUUGCCCCCUCCUCCUCCUUCUUCUUCUUCUUCACCAGCAGCAGCUGGAGUUUCCAAAAUAUUUGGUGACGAUGGAAGGCUAAAGCGAACUGGAACGUUGUGGACUGCCAGCGCUCAUAUCAUCACGGCGGUGAUUGGUUCGGGAAUUUUAUCGUUAGCUUGGGCUGUGGCGCAGCUAGGAUGGAUUGCUGAACAGGACCCUGUUUCCGGGAAAAGGAAUUAUACAUAUAUGGAAGUUGUGCGAUCCAAUCUCGGUGGGAUCCAAGUGAAAGUCUGCCGCACAAUUCAAUACAUAAAUCUUGCUGGAAUAGCAAUCGGUCUCACUAUUGCAGCAUCCGUAAGCAUGGUGGCUGUUCAAAAAUCCAAUUGCUUCCAUUCAAGCCACCACCGAGAUCCUCGCAAAGUCUCAAGCAAUCCCUACAUGAUCAUGUUUGGAGUAGUUCAAAUCCUUUUUUCCCAAAUUCCUAAUUUCGACCGCUUAUGGUGGCUUUCGGUUGUAGCUACACUCAUGUCUUUUACCUACUCUUCAAUUGGUCUUGGUCUUGGAGUUGGAAGAGUAGUCCAAUCUGGCAAAAUCAGGGGGAGUCUAACCGGAAUCACCAUCAAUGGAAGUACUGUUACUCUUACUGAAAAGAUAUGGAGGAGUUUCCAAGCACUUGGAACCAUUGCUUUUGCGUUCUCUUUCUCUAUUAUCCUGAUUGAGAUUCAGGAUACAAUCAAAUCUCCUCCAUCUGAACACAAAACCAUGAAAAAGGCUACUUUAUUGAGUGUGGCAGUAACCACUCUUUUGUACAUGUUGUGUGGCUAUUUCGGUUAUGCUGCAUUCGGAGACCUUUCUCCGGGAAAUCUCUUAACAGGUUUUGGAUUUUAUAACCCGUAUUGGCUAGUUGAUAUUGCUAAUAUAGCCAUUUCUGUCCAUCUCGUUGGUGCAUAUCAAGUUUGUUGCCAACCACUUUUUGCAUUCAUUGAAAAGACCGCGGCAGAAUAG